UCGUUUCAAAAAUUAAAAUAACCGAAAGAAAGCAAUGAAUAACUUGAUCUCCCUCAUUCGCUUGCUGGCCACUUCCAAGGGUACACUUCGAACAUCGAAAGUGUGGUUGUCGAACCUCCCUCCUGUUUCACCACCCUCUCACGCCUGCGGUCAACCAAAAGAGUGUAUCAUACGCCCAUACCACAGUGAUGCGUCCGGAUUGAUGAGCACGUGGGAGGAUGCACCCUCAUCCGGAUCAAGAAUGACUAAAUUUCUAGACAUCAGGAUCUUGCAGGUGGUUUAUAGGUGACUGCCAUCAUGUUCUUUUUCAAGGUGCUAUUUAUUUUUGUCUGUUUCGUCCUCUUACAUCUACCAGUCAGUGACAGUGAAAUCAGCAGAGGAAUUCCCUGCAUAAAGAGAUUAAACCAGUUGUAUUGCCCAUCGCCUGGUCAAAACUAUCCUCAGGAGAAAAUUGAAACUUUCAUUGAUGAAAAUAAAGCCCUCAUCAAACGAAUGGUCGGUGAUUACACCAAUGCUCCAGUGGAUAGCGAAAUCCCCGAAAGUUUCGAAACAUAUGACGGGAAAAAAAUUCAUGUUAGAUCUAAAAGAGCUAGUCCUAAAAACUCCUACACAGCUUCAUCUUCAUCGAAUAAAAUUGACGCUUGUGAGUCUUCAGUUGAGAUAGUAACUCCAUACUGGGCCUCAAACAGCGCAGGAAAACUGAGAGCUGUUGUCAAUACUCAGCAUCUGCAACAAGCUAUUCAUCAGGAAGUUUGCCAGUCCACGCAAACAAAAAAGUGUGCUAGCGACUGCAGCUGCGAGCAGAAAUACAAAUGGCACCGACUUUUAGCUUACGAUCCUGACGACGAUUGCAAAGGAAUUUUCAUGGACUGGUUCCUCUUUCCUUCGUGUUGUAUCUGUCGAUGUACAGCUCCUAUUAAAACUAAGUAGAGAAAAAAGCACA